AUGGGGAAGUUCUCUCGUGCCAUCGUCGCCCUUAUUCUGGGCGCGCAAGUCGCCGUCUCAACACCAGUACAUCCCCGCCUCCACCCGAAUGCGAUUGUACAACGGGCGGUAAACAAUACGACGCCGACAGGCGGUAUCUUGCCCGGUGCCUACAUUGUCGAAUUUGCGAAUGACAAUGAGACGCCAGAGACGUUUUAUGCCUCCCUUGCAGCGAGCGGCGUAAUAGUUGAACACCGCAUGGAUCUAAGCUUCCGACUUUUCAAAGGCGUUUCUUUCCAGCUCAAGAGCUCAGGCUUCAAUUCAAGUGGCGGGGACUUCUUGCGUCAAAUGAAGGCACAACCGCAAGUGGAGAAUAUUUGGCCAACCCGCAUCACAACGCGCCCCACGGUGGGUGUGAACAGCGUUGCGGCACCUGAUCAGCAGACGCGCAUCAAACGCCAAACUACAGCGAACCGCACAUUCUCCCCUCAUGUAAUGACGCAGGUUGACAGGCUGCACGCAGAGGGCGUGACGGGAAAGGGCUUCCGCGUUGCUGUCAUCGAUGGCGGCAUCGAUUAUACCCAUCCAGCACUUGGCGGCUGUUUCGGCCCAGGCUGUUUGGUUGAAGCUGGAUACGACUUUGUCGGCGACAACUACACAGUUGGAUUGUCGGAACCACAGCCUGAUGACGAUCCUCUGGACACCUGCGAAGGACAUGGCACCCACGUCUCAGGCACCAUUGCCGCUCAGCUCGAGGGCAACGAGUAUGGCUUCACUGGUUCUGCCCCAGGAGCAAAGCUAGGUGCAUACAGAAUGUGGGGCUGCUCAGCGGCGUCUACAAAUGACAUUGAACUCAUGGCAUUUGCUCGUGCUGUUGAGGAUGGUGCAGAUAUCAUCUCGUACUCCAACGGAGACACCUCAAGCUGGGCGCAGGAUGUACGCGCUGUUAUCAUUUCCCGCAUUGUCGACUCUGGUAUCCCAGUCGUCGUAUCCGAAGGCAACAGUGGCUUUCAGGGUCUCUUUUUCGCUUCCACUCCAGCAACCGGACUCAGCAUCACAGGUGUAGGAGCAGUCUCCAAUUCGCUAUUCCCGGCAUUGCUUGACCAAGGCUCCUACACGACCAGCGCCAAUGCUACCACCAAUGGCACGAACGAGUUUAGCUUCUUGAUGGGUGUUCCCAAAUUCACUGCGCAUACGACACUCCAACUAUGGUCUGCUGCUGAUGUGGACGAUGCCUGCAAGCCGUUGCCCGAUGAUACGCCAGAUCUGAGCCAGCGUAUUGUGCUUUUGGAGUUUAAAGACGCACGAGCAACGCAAUGCUAUCCGCAAGACCAGGGCGCUAAUAUUGCAGCAAAGGGUGGGCGAUUCAUGGCGUACUAUGAGCACAGUAACCUGACAAUGCGCGACGAGACAUACGUCUACGCUAAUGGCAUUGAAGGCGUAGUCAGGGUCGUUCCAUAUAUUGCUGAGCGCUGGCUUUCUCUGCUUUCGCAGGGUACUACAGUCUCCGUGACUAUUCCAGCCAACGGUACCAAGAAACAACUCGAGGAGCUCGAGAACAACCAGAGUGGCGGAUAUAUCUCAGGCGAUCUGAGCAGUUGGGGCCCAACCUGGGAACUCAGCAUGACGCCAGAGCUCGUAUCCCCCGGAGAAAACAUCCUGAGCACGUGGCCUACGGCUAUGGGUAGCUAUCGCGUUCUGACAGGCACAAGUAUGGCAACACCACUGGUCGCGGGCGUCUACGCCCUGCUCGGUGAAGUAUACGGCAAGCUGGAACCGGUGCGCCUGCGCAGAAUCCUCACACACACCUCUAAGCCACUUGCCUGGCAUGACGGUAGGACUGCACAUCCCGACAUGCUUGCUCCAGUCACGCAACAAGGCGGCGGAAUAGUGCAAGCUUGGAAAGCUGCGCGCACCACCCUCGAGAUCGAUGUUGACAGUCUAAUGCUCAAUGACACGGCACACUUUGUUGGCACCCACACCUUUAGUAUCACGAACACUGGCUCCACAGACGAAAUCCUCGAGUUGACCCAUCGCAAAGCUGUCACGAUGUACACCAUGGAUGCCCGAUUCUCUCCCCUAACCCCAGGCUCGUUUCCCAACGCCAUUGCAGAGUCAUGGGCCACUGUUUCCUUUUCAGCCGACCGCAUUACUGUUCCCGCCGGCCAAUCUGCCAACGUGACCGUCGAAAUUAUACCGCCUGCAGGUCUCAACGCCACUUUGUUACCCGUGUACAGCGGCUACAUUGCUUUAUCUGACAAGCUUGUUCUGCCAUAUCUCGGCGUUGCAGGCAACAUGCGCGAUAUCCCCGUUCUCGGGCCUGAGAAUGCUUACCUUGCGACAGGCUUCGCACAAGUACCUGCGAAUGCCUCUUAUACGAUCCCACGACCGGAUCCCCAGAACCCGCCGGCCGUCGACCGAGGCGACAUGAUCAAUUCGCCAAACAUGUAUAUUAAACCUUGGGUUGGCACGAAACUUUUGCGUGUAGAAGUGCUACAGGGAAACACGAUAUUGGGAGCAUUGGCUGGAUUCCCACAAAUGUUCCUACCUAGGUCUGAUGAGCUGCGCGCAUUCUUCAACGGAUUGUUGGCUGACGGAAGGGUGCUUGACGAGGGGUCGUACAAAAUGAGAGUCAUGGCUCUGCGCGUCUUUGGUGACGAAGAGCGUGAAGAAGACUGGGACGUUGUUGAGUCGAUUCCUUUUGCUAUCAAGUACGCAGCAUGA